AUGAGUUCAAAUCAUAAGAAUCAUCCUCCUUGUACCAGUAUUCCCCUCAAAGUUGUUUUUAGUACUUCUAAGGAGGAUUCCAAGAAUAAGACAUCAGAUUCCACAUCACCUUCACCACCACCUCAGUUUGAAGAAACAGACUCAAUGUUGGAAGAUGAAUUAUCUGAGAUAAGAGAAGAUAUAGAUGAUAUUUAUGAUCAACUUGAAUUAUUACAAUCUAACACUCCUGGUAAUAUCGAUCUUGAAAGUUUAAGACACAAGAGAAGUAUUGAACUGGAUAGAGAAUUUGUUAAGAAUUUCUUGAAAGCAUUUACAGGGGUUGUACUUUUAACUAUGCUUUUUGUUUGGUUCAUGGUUUGGUUACAUAUUUGGAAUAAGAAUUCAACUCCAGCAUGUACAGGUUCUAAUUGA